AUGGCUUCCGAGAUGCUCUUCUCACUUGAGGAGGUGGCGCAGACUACAUCAGCCGACCAGUGGCAAGGCCGCGAUCUGGCAAUUGAGGCGACGAUCAUCGACAUUAAGGAGGCAAUCGAGGACCCCGCCGCCCCGCCCGCCGGCCGCCGCGCGCUGCGCGCGCUGAGGCGGGCUGUGGACGAGCUGCUCCCGCCGCGGCAGCAGCAGCAGCCGCAGCAGCCGCAGCUCGGGGACGGACUGGAUGAGCUGGCAGAGGAUCUGGCUGAGCUCUUGGAAGGCGCAGGGGCGCGUGUGGCAGUCCGCUCUCCCAGCCAGCAUGACCGAUCUUCCGCGGCGGCCGGCGGCGCGGCGGCGGCUGCGGACGCGGCCGCAGCGGCGGCGCUGCCGCCGGCGGCGCGGGUGGGCCGGGGCGUGGGCAAGCAGUCGUUUGUGCUGCGCGGGCGCUUCAUUGUCGUGAAGGGCGACAGCAGCGGCGACGCAGAGGGCUUCAUCAUCGACCCCUGCUUCAAGGACGUCUUCACCAUCGCGCACGCAACCCGCGGCUACGCCCGCAUCGUGGAGGCCCUGCCGGAGGUUUUUGUGGGGGAGGCGUCCUCUCUGAGGCGGCUGGUGGCCCUGCUCACUGCACAGGCCGAGCGGUCAUACGCAGCACAGGGCAUGACGACGCCCCCGUGGCGAAGCUACACGGCCAUGACCGCCCGUUGGUUCCCGCCGAAGUUCACGGACACCCCGGUGACGCCGCCGGCGUCACCCCUGGCGCGCCUCAACAGUGAGGAUGCGGCGCGCAUGGCGCUCGCCGCCGCGCGCGAGGCUGCAGAGGGCGCCAUGGCGCGCCUGCGCCUGGCCGGCGCGGCGCACGCGGCGGCGGUGCAGCAGCAGCAGCAGCCGCUGCGCCAACAGGCACCCGCGCGCGUCGUCCACGGCUUCCAUGUCGGCGCCGCCGCCGGGGCGCCGCCGCGCAUGACGGCGGCCGCGAUGUGA